AUGGAAACCAAGUUAACCCCUAAGCUAGUUGGCUGGCCGACAUGCUCAACAAAAGGAGGAUUACUAAUGAUCCCCCAUGCUUUGAGAGUGGUAAGUCUUCUCGGGCUCCAUCACGUGCACCAUUUUGUGGGUGACUCCGAGGAUCAGGGCGAUAGAUUAGCAGACCGACAACAGUCCCUAGAGGAGCUUGUUAGAGCUUCAGGUACUACCACUAGAUCAAUCGAGCGUCGAGUCGAGAGACUUGAGGAGGAGAAUAAAGAUGAUUAUGAGGCCAUUCUAACCCUCUAUCACCGAAUGAGUGACAGUCGUACUGAGGUCAAUGCCAUGAGUGCCCAUAUCAGGUCCCUAGAGUAUCAGAUUCAUGUUAUGUAG